AUGGCCUUUUACCAGCUCCUAAUGAGGAUUAUCCUCCCCGCAGCAGCCAUUGUGAUCCUUGCAGGGAUUAUCAUUCUUUUUGCGCUCGCCUUCUCCCAAAAUGCUGUGAUUCCCAAGGUCCGUCGUCGGGGUACGCCAGUCCACCUGCUCAUCGUCCUUGGCAGUGGUGGCCAUACUACUGAGAUGUUCUUCAUGCUGGAAAAAGUCCUCGACUUAUCUGUUUACUCCUAUCGCACCUAUGUCGUGACCUCGGGGGAUCAGUUCAGCGCCGGAAAAGCCACAGAAUUCGAGGCCAAACAAGUCGCGCGCCAGAUGGAACAAAACAAGAAUCUCACCGAUACAGGCUCCUUUGAUGUUGUCACCAUUCCACGAGCGCGAAGGGUACACCAAUCAUACUGGACGGCUCCUUUCACCACAAUCCAGUCGUUUUGGGCCUGUCUCCUGGUUCUAUGCGGAAAAUAUCCUGAUCAACAGGGAUUGCCCUUGAAGUACACCUCGGCAUGUCCAGAUAUCAUUAUCACCAAUGGCCCUGCGGUCUCUGUUUGCAUGAUCGUCGCUGCUAAAACCCUCCGUUUCUUUAUUUUCAUCUCCCGUAUACUCUCCGGAAAGAAUUUUAAGCCAGAGAUCUCCAGGCUUCGGACAAUUUUCGUGGAAUCAUGGGCGCGGAUCAGCACUUUGAGCACCUCAGGAGUUUUGUUGCUUCCCCUUGCCGACCGAUUUCUCGUUCAAUGGCCUGGUCUAGCGGGCCGCCGGGCCUGGUGGGGGAUGAAGAAGACCUCCUAUGUCGGCUGGGCCGUGUUGUGA